ACAGAGAAAAAACAUCCGCUGAUGCCUUUCCCUCCACACCCAUUUCCCCUUUAUAUAGCUCUUUUGGCGUUUACUUGAGGUGGACUAAGGAAGAUUUCUGAAGAGCAAGUCAGCUUGGACCCCAUCUGUUCAGACCAGCAGAGAAAACAGAUUGCCCUCUUGAGGAACCCUAAUAGCAUUGCAUCAACUUCAUUUUCCUUUUCUACUCUGUGAAAGCCCAGGUGGCCACGACCUCUUCCGCACUUGCUUGCAAUCUACAAGCAGAACAGAAGAUCAGCCUGGACCCCAGCUACUCAGAAUUGAAGGGGAAGAGCCAUCAUGAGUGAGGUCAGCAGCAAGAACUCUCUGGAGAAAAUUCUUCCACAGCUGAAAUGCCAUUUCACGUGGAAUUUAUUUCAGAAAGACAGUCUCUCACAUGAUCUAGAAGAUAGAGUGCGUAACCAGAUUGAAUUUUUAAACACUGAGUGCAAAGCUACCACGUACAACUUGUUGGCCUACAUAAAACACCUGCAUGGUCAAAACGAGGCAGCCCUGGAAUACUUACAGCAAGCUGAAGAAUUAAUCCAACGAGAACGCACUGACCAGGUAGAAAUCCGAAGUCUGGUCACCUGGGGAAACUACGCCUGGGUCUACUAUCACCUAGGCAGGUUCUCAGAAGCUCAGGUAUAUGUAGACAAGGUAAAACACCUAUGCGAGAAGUUUUCAAACCCUUACAGUAUUGAGUGUCCUGAGCUUGACUCUGAAGAAGGUUGGACACUGCUACAAUGUGGAGGAAAGUGGAAUGAAAGGGCGAAGGUUUGUUUUGAGAAGGCUCUGGAAGAGAAACCCAAGAACCCAGAAUUCUCCUCCGGACUGGCAAUUGCGAUGUACUGUCUGGAUGAUAAACCACAGAAGCAGUGCUCUGUCAGUGUUCUGAAGCAGGCCAUUGAGCUCAGUCCUGACAACCAGUAUAUCAAAGUUCUCUUGGCCCUGAAAUUGCAAAAGAUCAAUAAAGAAGCUGAAGGGGAACCAUUGGUUAUAGAGGCCCUGGAGAAAGCUCCUUGCCAAACUGACAUCCUUCACAGUGCAGCCAAAUUUUACCAAAAGAAAGGUGAUCUAGACAAAGCUAUUGAACUGUUAAAAAAAGCAUUGGAAUCCAUGCCAAACAAUAGCCACCUCUGUUACCUGAUUUCAGGCUGCUAUACUGCGAAAGUCAGACAAAUUGAGAACACAGGGUAUUCUAACGCUAGCUGGAAUAGAGAGAAGAUAGAAGAACUAAGCAAAUAUGCUAGAGACUAUUCAGAAAAAGCUAUUGAGAAGGUACUAAAUCCUCUGAAUGCGUAUUCUGAUCUCGCUGAGCCAGAAACAGAAUGUUAUCAGACAGCUUUCAACAAGGAGCUGCCCAAUGCUGAGAUGAAACAAUUCCAUCAGCUCUCUUGCAACUUUCAGGAGUAUCAUGGGAAGUCUGAAGACACUCCUGUUCAACAUUAUUUAAAGGAUUUGUCCAUAAGCAUAAAAUCAACUGAGAAAGAAAAGGAGAAAUGCCAACCACAGAACGUAGCUGAAAAUCAGCUUCCACAAAAUGCACCAAAUUCUUGGUAUCUCCAAGGAUUAAUUCACAAGAAGAAUGGAUAUCUGCUGCAAGCAGCCGAAUGUUUUGAGAAGGAACUGGGCCGCUUGCUAAGGGACAGCCCUUCAGGCAUAAGCAGCAUUUUCUUGCCAGCGUCAGAACUCAAAGAAGGCAGUGAGGAAGUUGGCCAGGGUGCAGAUAGCUCCACUCUCAGAGAGCUCCCUGACCCCUGAGCUGAAACAGAAAGGAGGGAAAGGAACAGAGAGGAGGAAGCCUGGAAUGGUAGUCAUGAUGGGGCAAAGGGUGGAAAGGGAAGAGUUCCCCAAUCUGAGCUUGCUGAACAAGGUAGUCUUGCUUAUUACAUUAAGAUACAUUGUUAGAGAAUUGUUUUCUCAUGUCUGUCUCCCCUGUCCAUACCAGCCACACACAGUUCCCUAGUCUGCAGGUCUUAUAAUGAAUUACUACUAGAAAUAGCCCUUCAGACCUGUGCGAUGUCAUUAGUUCUCAGUUUGCACUCAGUUCACCAGAAGUACCCCCUUUCUGCCCUUCUUGCCAAGGUUCAUCAUUCUGCCUACCAACAGAAUCUCACAUCUGUCAUCCCAUUACGAUUUAACCUCCUGAGCCUCCUGGAAGACUAGUUUUUGACUAAUCCCGCAAUAUUCCUUAUAUGUUGCUCUUAACUUCAGCUCUGUGUGUGUGUGUGUGUAUUCUUGAUAGUGACACUGGAAUUAACAUGUGUUCUUGAUAGUAAUUCUACAAUAAAUUUUAAAAUUUCCAUUUGGGAUAGAAGUA